AUGAACAACCACCGUAUGACUCCGGAGGCAGCGGCGCAUUUCGGUGAUGGAAUACAGAUGGUUGUUUCUCGAUGGGCUGCACUGCGGAUGGCCAUCGAAAACGGGUGGGGUGGCCGCGACUCUCUCCAUAAAUCGCAGCAGCUCGGCCACAACCUCUUCAAUUUCCUCACUCAAUCGAAAGAUCAAGUGUAUAUUGUUGAUGUAGAGGAUAUACUUUAUGAAUUCAUGGACUCUCUCAAUACUGAGAUUCAGGACGGCAGUGUAGAGGAGCCCAACAGCGAUGAUGAGGAAGACAAUGAUGAAGAUGAUGCAAUAAUAGAGAACAAUAUGUCAGCAAUGGAAGUUGAUGCUCCACAACCACAGCGCCAAUUGGAUCACAAUCUGACUGAUAUUGUGGCUGAUGACAGUAGCACGAAAGAUACUCCUCAAGUUGGGGAUGGAUAA